AUGUUCAAAUACACUGUUUACAAUCUUUUCCUUGCAUUCUCGCUCCUUGGGACGCACGCUUACCUCGUCACGACACCUUCUGACCGCGAUCAAGUCACGGGCACAAGCUGGACGACUACGGGACCUAACAGGAUUGCCUGGGACCGUGUCUCUACUGAUCCUGAGACAUUUGUUGUUGUUCUCGUCAACGAGGAUCGUGCAGUUCUCCCCACAAACAACCUCAUUCUCGCCACCGACGUCGACGGCACGAGCGGAUCCAUAGCUGUACUCCCAGCCUCUGGAACCCAGUUUCCCAUGGGAAGUGGCUUUCGCGUAAACUUGAUCAAGUCUGCCAACGACGUGAACACAAUCUACGCGCAGAGUAGCCAGUUUCGCAUCGUCGCUGGAUCUGGAUCUGGCUCUGGCUCUGGCUCUGGUUCAUCUCCUACGACCGUAGCAAACAUGGGUGCAACGUUCGGUGGAAGCACGAGCGGUUCGACUGGGCAAAUUCCUCGCACGACGUAUGUUGCCACUGCUGAGACAGUCACGGUUACUACCACAUCCUCCGAUGGAGGACCAGAGUUCUCCGAGUCGCGCAAGUUACUUGGAAGCUGCAUUGUCCUUACGGUUACCUUGCUCUUUGCUGCAUUCAUCUCGUGGGACGCCUUUAAACUCCUUUUGAUUCCAUCUGAGGUCAAUUGGGAGGCUCUCACUGAUAUCCAACAACAUAAAAUCACCUCUGUAGCUAUUAGCUUGAUGUCAAUAACUAAAAUGGGUGCUACUCGUGCGCAAAAGGAGCUCUACUUUACCAAGCUCAAGGAGCUCCUCGUCAAGUAUCCUUCCAUCUUCAUCGUCAAUGUAGACAACGUCGGUUCGAACCAGAUGCAUCAGAUCCGUACCGCUCUCCGCGGAAAGGGUGUCGUGCUCAUGGGCAAGAACACCAUGGUGCGCCGUGCGCUCCGUAACAUCCUUACGGAGAGCCCUCAAUUCGAGCGUCUGCUCCCCAACGUCAAGGGUAACAUUGGCUUCGUGUUCACGUCUGGUGACCUCAAGGACGUGCGCGAGAUCAUCGUCGCCAACAAGGUCAAGGCCCCCGCUCGUGCUGGUGCCGUUGCUCCUGUAGAUGUCGUCGUUCCAGCCGGAAACACUGGUAUGGAACCCGGCAAGACGUCCUUCUUCCAGGCUCUCCAGAUCCCGACCAAGAUUGCUCGUGGUACCAUUGAAAUCGUGUCGGACAUCAAGGUCGUCGUAAAGGGAAACAAGGUCGGACCGUCUGAGGCGACAUUGCUCAACAUGCUCAACAUUUCGCCGUUCACGUACGGUAUGACCGUGUCCAUGAUCUACGACAACGGCACCGUCUUCCCGCCACACGUGCUCGAUAUCGAGGAGAGCGAGUUGAUUGAUAGGUUCAUGACCGGUAUCAAGACGAUUGCGUGCAUCUCGCUCGCGCUCUCGUACCCGACCAUUGUUUCCGUCUCGCACUCGCUCGUCAACGCAUAUAAGAACCUGUUGGCCAUCGCAAUUGAGACCGACUAUUCGUUCCCUGCUGCUGACAAGAUCAAGGAAUACCUCGCCAAUCCCGAGGCGUUUGCCGCCGCCGCAGCGCCCGCUGCCGAGACCACUUCUGCCGCCCCUGCCGCUGCUGCAGAGGAAAAGGAAGCAGAGAAGGAAGAAUCGGAAGAUGAGGACAUGGGCUUUGGUCUGUUCGAUUAG